CAUUGCCAGGCUCGGCAGCAGCCUUGGCCGCGGCUGCAGGAGCAGCUCGCCCAACUUGGCGGCCUCCGGGACGAGGGCGGCCGCCCGGGGACCCCCCCGGCCCCCCAUCAGCACCCAGGCCGCGGGGAGCCGAGCCCUGCUCAUCGCCCUGGUGCAGCGGAACCGGCCGGACAAGCUCCCCACCCGGUCCCCGGGGCCCGCAGCCCGCCGUGCCCCCCGGAUGCGGCCGGCAUGGCCGGAGCAUCGCUGUGAGCGCCCGGCGCCCGGCCCUGCUCCCUGCGGCCGGUGGCUCUCGGCGUGAGCGGCCCCCUCCCGGUGCCGGUAUGGCUCCCGCCGCCCCGUGAGGGCCCGGGCCUCGCCGGCGCCCGCCGGGCUGUGUCUCGCCGCCGCCCCGCCAUGCUGCUGGGCCCCUGGCUGGUGGCGGCGGCGGCGGCGGCGGUGGCGGCGGGCGCCGGGGCGGGCUGCCCGGUGCUGUGCACGUGCCGCGGGCAGGCGGUGGACUGCAGCGGGCAGCGGCUCUUCUCGGUGCCGCCGGAGCUGCCGCUGGACACCGGGAACCUGAGCCUGGCGCACAACCGCAUCGCCAGCAUCCCGCCGGGGUACCUGUCCUGCUACGGGCAGCUGCGCGCCCUCGACCUGCGCAACAACUCGCUGGCGGCGCUGCCGGCCGGGCUGUUCCUGGGCGCCCGCCGCUUGGCACACCUCGACCUUAGCUAUAACAACUUCAGCCUGGUGCCGGCCGACAUGUUCCUGGAGGCCAGCGGGCUGCUGCGCCUGGACCUCAGCCACAACCCGGGGCUGCGGCGCGUCCACCCCGACGCCUUCCGCGGGCUGGCGCAGCUGCGGGAGCUGGACCUCAGCUUCGGGGCGCUGCCGGCGCUCAGCCUGGAGGCGCUGGAGGGGCUGCCGGGGCUGGUGGCCCUGCGCCUGGGGGGCAACCCCUGGGUGUGCGGCUGCGCCAUGGAGCCCUUCCUCAAGUGGCUGCGGGGACGCAUCCAGCGCUGCGCUGCCGAGUCGCAGCUGGCCGAGUGCCGCGCCCCCCCCGAGGUGGCGGGAGCCCCCCUGCUCUCGCUGACGGACGAGAGCUUCCAGGCCUGCCACCUCACGCUCACGCUGGAUGACUAUCUCUUCAUCGCCUUCGUCGGCUUCGUUGUCUCCAUCGCCUCGGUGGCCACCAACUUCCUGCUGGGCAUCACCGCCAACUGCUGCCACCGCUGGAGCAAGGCCAGCGAGGACGAGGACGUUUAGGUACCACCGACUUCCCCCUUACCCCGCCGGGACCCCGGACUGUGCCUUGUCCUUGCCCCCUCCCGCCGCCCCCCGUGCUGGGGUGGCCUCAAGAUGCUGGCCUGGCUGUGGCGAGGGGACCAGGGGACACAUCCUCUUCCUGCUGCCCCAGAAUGGGGAGGUUUUGUCCCGGCGGGCACCCUCCAGGAUUGACCCCCCCCAGCACCGUGAGCUUGGACCCUCCUGUUCCAGCUACCCAGGGCCGGUGGAGGCAGCGGCACAGGGUCCUUGGGGGUCCCAUGGGAGCCUCCACACCAUGCCAGGCAGUGGGACCAGGAACUGAGGCUGGGGAGCAGCCCCCCUGCUUGGGAGAGAGACCCCAGAAGUGGUGUGUGCCUUGGGGGGACACCAGCCACCCUCCAUGGGGGACAUGCAAGGAAGCCCCCGCUUCCAGCCCAAAAGCAUCAUCAGUGGAGAUGCCCCGAAUCCUGCCCGUGCUCUCCAGCCUGCCGCAGCACCUGGAACCAUCACCCAGCUCAGCACUGCCGCUCCCGGGGGACACCUGCGCCUUGCCAGUGGCACCGGGCUGUGCCGGGACAGCACCGGGGCCGCCGUGCCCGCGGUGUGCCAAGCGGGAGCAUCUCCCGGUCCUUGCCUUUCUCUUCCAAAGUCUCGCGCAGGUUCGAUGCCAAACCGGGCCCUGGGCACCGCGCGGCGGCUGCGGGACCGCAGCGCCUCGUCCCCGCCUGCGGCUGCGGGGAAGCGACAGCAAUUCCAAGCACAGGAAACCGAGGAUCCCGCUGCCCGGCCGGGAGCGGGGCUGGCGGGGGCUCAGCACCUCCCGAGAGUCUGCCCCAGAGUGGCUCUUCCUGCGCGGAGGAGGGGUGGGACGUGGGUGCAGUUUCAAACCAAACCAACCCCCGCAAAGAAAGGAGGAAAGGGGGAACCGAGGCGAUGUGCUGGCUGUGCGGUGCCGCCCCCCGGGACCCCCGGUAGCAGUGAGGGGCAGGAGGAUGCGGUGUCACUGCGGUGCCGCGCCGGGGGCAGAUCCCUCACCAGGUCCUGUGCCCACCCGGGGCGACACGGGGAGCUGUGAUGGGCCACGCUGGGCUGCGGUGAGGUGGGACCCCGAGCCCGGUACCGGAGGAGGGACACCCACCCCCACCCCGGCGCUGGGCCCCAGCACGUUUUUCCUUUAUUUCCUUGAUUUCUCUCUUUUUGGCAAGUCUGAGGCAUCCCCAGCACCCGCGGGCCCCCGCGGACACGGCACGUC